AAAUAAAAAUAUAUAAACCGAGUAUUACAUUCAUAUUCUACUGAAUAAUAAGUGGACAAUAGUUACGCUUAUUUCCCAUAAUAAAUGCAUAAUAUUGUCCCCUCACACUUGUAGACAAUUGCAAGGAAGUUAUACACACUGAUGUCAUCUCAUUUAUCCAAAACAAAUCCUACACUUGGCAAGUAACAGACGUUGAGUCCAGUUAGUCAACUCGCAAUCGCAACAACCAAUGUCUAUCCAUCAACUGACUCUAUUUGAAUCGAAAAAAACGGGUGAAAGGUCCGGAGCCCAUCGGCUUUGUUACAGGAGUCGCUCACCGGAGGCAAGCGAAUAAUUGCUCUAUACGUGUAACAAAAAUAGUUAUAUAACAUGUGAUUUCUCUCUGUGAUUAAACCACGUGCCUAUAAAUAAGUGAAGCACAUUGCAUCCGGACACAAACACUUCCGAGUGGUCCACCAAGGAAUCUCUAAAAUGUUUUUUAAAAUUAUACAUGUGAUUACCUUAACUACUUUAUGUUCUGGAGCUCCACCCUCACACCCACAAGCAAAAUCUAAUGAAGCUACUUAUUCACAUAGUUUUGUAAGGGAAGAUGUCCCUUUAUCUUAUAAGUACAGUGCGACCCAUCAUUACACUCCAAAGAGGGCAGAAGACACUCUUAAAAUACAAGAGGAUACUCUAAAGAGGAAUGAAGACUUUCCAAAGAGACAAGAGGUAUCAUAUCACGUUCAUUCAGCGAAUAACUCACCAUUCAAGCCGUUGAGUAACAGAACAAUCCAAUUCGCUCCAGUUAACCAUCCAAUUCUUCAAUCUUCAAAUUCAGGAGAAAACACGUAUCCGUCAACGCCCGUCUUGUAUACUUCAAUUAUUUCUAACCCAGUUACUGAAUACGGAAAAAUUGAACUUACUGAAAAUUCAGGUGAAUCAACCUUGCAUCUGGAACCAAAACGUAUUCCCAACAAGGUGAAGAACAUUAGUCCUAGUACCUAUAAGCCCCAUAUAAACCAUGAUGUUAAAAUGUUGCAUUCCCAUCAUUCGCAUCUCCGACCAAAGGUCUACAAGACUUUGCACACACAACCGCUGCCAACAACGGCAGCAACACCAACAUUUGAAAUGGCUGACUUGCACCAUUUGGCAAUUUUCCAUCAACUUCAGCAGCAACUGGAUGAACAGUCUAAGUACAUCGCCCCAACAACUACUACUGAGAAUCCGAAACUUUCUCAUGUGCUUAAUCUUGGCGUCAGAAUUCUACCAAAACAGGGGAUCCCCUUCGUCACAAAUCCGCACGAGCUGAGUAGAAAUACGCCAUUCCAACCAAUUCCUCGAAUAGCUUAUCAUAACAAGUUUAAUGUCGUGUCGGAGAAGAUGGGAAGACCCCAAGCGCACACACGCUACCACUUGAAUAAUCCGAAUAAGCAUUUAAGGUUCAAACCAAAUGUACAGUAUAACAUAAGUAAUUAAGUUUAUACAUAAGAUAUUUAUGUUGAAUUAUUUAAUUUAUUAUUAAGUAUGUUUACGUUAUUAGUGACUUAGUUAUUUAAAUUUAAGGAAAAUAUUUUUUAUUAUAAUA